AUGACACAAACAAAAGACAACAUUCUCAUUACUGGAGGUGGUGGCUUCAUCGGCCAGGAACUUAUAACCGCCCUGCUCACACAAACCCCUAACGCCAACUUCACCCUGAGCGAUAUAAUCACUCCUUCCAUCCCCAAAGGCGCGGAAUCACGAGUCACUUCCUUGAAAGCAGACCUCACAGACUCCUCAUCGGUCAAAUCUCUCCUCUCCAAUCGCUUCACCCACGUCUACAUCCUCCAUGGCCUGAUGUCCGGUGGCGCAGAGGCCAAUCUUGACUUGGGCCUGAAGAUCAAUGUGGACUCUGUGCGCACAAUCCUUGACAUCUUGAGAGUUGAACAUCCUGGCACAAAGGUCAUCUUCGCCAGCUCCUGUGCUAUCUAUGGCAAGACGGACGUUGUUACCGAGUUUGGUACUUUGCCUCAACCGAAGAGUUCGUAUGGAAUUCAGAAGUUGAUGGUUGAGCUUCUGAUCAAUGACUAUUCUCGACGAGGCCACUUGGACGGCAGGAUCGUUAGGCUGCCCACCGUUAUCGUUAGACCGGGUGCACCCUCCGCUGCUGCAUCAAGCUUUGCAUCAGGCAUUGUUCGCGAGUCACUACAAGGUGUGAAGAAUAUUCUUCCUGUUAGCAGGGACUUGGAACUUUGGGUCUGCAGCCCCGCAACGGUUAUCAAGAACCUGAUUAAGAUCAAGGAUGUUCCUGGUGAGCAGUUCGGAUCGUCGAGGAUCGUUAACCUGCCUGGUAUUACUGUCACAGUGCAAGAGAUCCUUGACGCGUUGAAGGAAGUUGGUGGGGAAGAAGCCCUGGCACAGAUCGAGGAGAAGAAUGAUCCUGCUAUCGAGGCAAUUGUGGCCAGUUGGCCGGCUAGAUUCGAUGUGUCACGAGGUUAUGGGUUGGGUCUAGAUGCUGAUGGGACGGUGCUAGAUGCUGUUAAGGCCUUCAAAGCUAAGAUUAGCCAAGCCUAG